AUGGCAGAUCGCCAAGUCACUCAGCAAACAAUUCACGGCCUGCUCGCCAAGCUCAGUGACCCCGAUGCUGACUUGAGAUACAUGUCCUUGAACGAUUUAUAUGACAUUCUGACUGGCUCGCAAUCUACCUUCCUCACCCAUGACCGCGCCACAUCAACAAAACUGGCAGAAGGUCUUCUCUCCUCCUUGGAUGAUCAACAUGGCGACGUGCAAAACCAAGCUCUCAAGUGUCUCGGUCCGCUCGCUGUGCGCCUACCAUUUGAAUCCCUCACGCCCCUCCUCGAGAAGUUGGCGACUUUGACUGCCUCCCAGACGAUAGACACUUCUGUGCCUAAUACCGCCUUACGCGUCAUCGUCGACACCCUCCCUCGCCCCCAGCCAGGCCAGCCCGCGUCUCAGAAUGCGAUUACCGCCUACUCAGCAGUAUCGAAGAUUCUGAUUCCCCGCUUGUCCGGCCCGACACCCUCAGCCUCACGGAGGCGGGGCUCGGUGGUGAAGGGCAUGAUGGAGAAGGAUCCAUCUCGAGGCUUCAGCAGUGAUGCAAUCGAUGUACUCAUCAAGGUUGUGACCUGCUUCGGGCCCUUGCUUCAAGAAUCAGAGCUCGCGGCUCUUCAAGCAUCCGUCAUGGCCAUCAUCCAAAACGACACAGCUGGUACCGUUGUCACCAAGCGCGCACUGACAGCUAUUUCUGCGCUUGUGCUCCACUUCUCCGACAGCCAGCUCAACAGCUUUGUAUCUACUCUGAGGGAUACGCUCUCGUCCGAUAUCUCCAUGGUGCAGCGACGACACCUGAUUGCCGCUAUUGGCGCUAUUGCCAGAACUGCACCGGCCAAGUUUGGCCCGCACCUGGAUACCCUUGCUCCGUUUGUCUUCUCGGCGGUCGGAGAAUAUAACAUUGAAAAGGCGGACUGA